AUGACUGGCAGAGGAAGAGAGAUAGCACAAGUCUGCAAGGAAAGAAACAUCGACAUCCUCUGUGUGCAGGAAACCAAAUGGAGUGGAAAGAGUGCAAGAAAAUUGCUAGAAGGAUACAAAAUAUAUUACAGUGGAGAAGGGAACAGAAAUGGGGUUGGAAUCAACAAGGAAAGAGUCAUUAAGGAAGGAGUCAUCAAGGGAGAACGUGUUUCAGACAGACUGAUGAAGAUGAAACUGGUGAUAGCCGGCGAGCUCUUAAACACUGUUUCAGCAUAUGCACCACAGACAGGAGAGACAGAUGAAGAAAAGGAAAUGUUCAUGGAGAACUUUGAGCGAAUAAUACAAGACAUACCAGGAAGUGAGAAGGUCCUCGUGGGAGCUGACCUCACCGCACAUAAACUGAAAGGGGACAAGAUCAUAGAGUUUCAGGAAAAAGUGAGAGAAAAGCAAGUAACAGAAACAGACAGUGCAGGAAAACUGGCAGUCCAUAAAAAGUCCCCAACUGGAAGCAGCAGAAGAGAUGAGAAUAAGAUCAAGGAAAGAUGGAGGGAGUACUUUAGUAACCUGCUGAAUGUGGAAAAUGAGUGGGACCCACUCCAGGAUUGCCCACCGGUUGAAGGCCCCUUGCCUGAUAUAAACGAGAAGGAAGUAGAAGAAGCAAUGAAGAAAAUGAAGAGCAAGAGGGCAACAGGGUGCUCUGAACUAACAGUGGACCUGCUAAAACACCUAGGCAAGGAGGGUAUCCAGAUGGUCACGUCACUCCUUCAGAAAGUAUGGGACAAAGAGAAGAUGCCAGCAGAAUGGGAACUAAGUGAACUAGCUACCAUUUACAAGAGGAAAGGAGACCCAAUGGACUGCGGGAACUUCAGGGGCAUCAAGCUCUUAGAACAUGUUAUGAAGAUACUGGAGAAUGUAAUAGAGGGAAGAAUAUGUCGACUGGUAUCGGCGUACGACUGGGGCCUUGGAGACCUGGUGUACUGGUGCCUAAGACAGCAAAAUAUCCCAGAGAAACUGAUAAGGAUGGUUGAAACCACAUAUCGAGGAGCAAGGACCACCGUGAGAACAAAAUAUGGCAGAACAGACGAGUUCACGAUCGGAGUCGGUCUACACCAAGGGUCUAUACUCAGUCCCUUCCUCUCUAUCGUAGUACUGGAUGUCAUCAGUGAAAACUUCCGAACAGGCCUGCCAUGGGAACUAUUAUUUGCAGACAACUUAGUAGUAGUGGCAGACAGUGUGGAAGAGCUGCAGAGAAGAUGGCUGAAGCGGCAGAUUGGAAUGGAGAGGAAGGGUUUGAAGGUAAACACAAAGAAGACUGAAGUUAUGGCAAGUAGCAGGAGGGAUGUGGAAGUGAACAUCAUAGACAAGGACAAUGCUAGGCUCAAGCAGGUCAGGGAGUUCAAAUACCUUGGAGUGACCGUAGAUGCAAGAGGAGGGUCGCAAUGGGAUACAAGAGCUUGA